AUGUGGUUCGUGGGGGUUGUCGGCUGCACGACGGCCGUGGUAUCGAUUUUCCACAAUUGCAUCCUGUUCUACACCUUUAACUCGUCGAAGCUGCUCCGCCGCCGAAACCUCACCUAUCUGAUGUGGAUCUCGCUGUGCGACAUCUUCGUCUCUCUCUCCUAUAUUGCCAUCAUGUGUGUGCAGGUAUACGCCGACUAUUUCGAGUCGUGGCCCCUGUUCGUCGCCUGGCACAACUACCUCCUCUACGCGUUCACCAUCUCCGGAAUCACUUUUUGCUGGUCGUCAUUUCUCCUGAUGGCGGCCACCAUCGAGCGAUACCUGCAGAGUACCGGCAAUUCAAAG